UUCAAAGAGUUAUACAGCACACAGCACAACAACUCACAGAUUUCUUUUCCUUUCCGAUCUUUUAGGAAACACACUUUGUCUUGAAAAUGAUGAUGAACGCAAAGAAGCUUUUGAAGAUGGCAAAGAAAUGGCAACAGAGAGCAGCCUUAAGCAGGAAAAGAAUCUCAUUUCAGAGAGCAAAUACUACUAGCAACUCAACUGCUGUAGAGAAGGGCUGUUUUGUGGCUUACACUGCAGAUAAAGCACGCUUUGUUUUCCCAAUAAGUUACCUUAGCAACUCUGUUUUUCAAGAACUCUUGAAGAUCUCUGAAGAAGAGUUUGGCCUCUCUACCAGUGGACCAAUCACGUUGCCGUUCGAUGCGGUUUUCUUAAAGUAUCUAAUCAAAUUGAUCAAACGACGAAUGGAUGGAGAUACGGAAAAGGCUCUGUUAAUGUCAAUCUCUAGUGCUAGAUGUUCCUUACCAUGCUCUUUUCAACAACAAGAACAAUUGCUUGUAUUUUAGAGAAUUAUACUGUAGCAAUUUCUGUGUUUGUAAAGAUUCUAAUGUAUUAGAUCAGACAGCUAAUUUUAGAAAUACAAGCCAUUGUAUUUGUCUCUC